AUGGCUGUCAUGGCUGCGCUAGGCCCUUUCUGUGCCGCGUCGCUGUUGGUGCUGGCUUCGGGGGAGCCCGCGUUGUACAAGAAUGGAGCGAGCUUUGUGUUGGACACACCGCCGGCGCCGUUGGGCAUGACGGUCGCUGCUCUUCAGGGGCUGAUGAACCAGAAGCUGGGUCGGCCGGCGGUCUUCUUGCGCAAGAUGCCUUCAGACGCGGGGUGGCUCAAGACGGCCGUUGCCUUGGAGGAGAGCUUGAAGCAGGCGGAGUUCCGGGAGGUCCAGUGGCCAGAGCUGCUGGAGGCCGCCAUCGCAGCCGGGGCAGUGAAAGGGCGAGUCUUGGUGAACGCCUCGGAGCCCUGGUCCUUUGCAAGUGCCGUGAGCCUCGCGGCUCUCCACCGCGCCAUACCCAUUGAUACUCAUCACACGAACCACUCGCUGGAGCACCUGCCGGUGCUUGCAGAUGUGCGCGGCCGAUGGUCAUCCCAGGUCGAAGCUACCAAGGACACGGUGCAAGGCGUGCUGCCGAACAUGACGAAGUCGCGCAUCGUGAUUCAGACGCCGGAGCUGAUCGCGGAAGGCUUCUUAGUCGACCUGGCCGUGAAAGACACCAUGUUCGUGAUGUGGAUGGACCAUCUCUGCACUGCUGGCACAGAAGACAACUUGCUCUUCAGGCAGGUCACAGAAAGCCUGUCUUCGAUCGACACGGAACUGUCCAUCAUGGGAUACUUCGCAGGAUCCGAGGUGGUGGCGGACUGCACCAGCAGCCACUCGGAGAUUUCUUUGGUCUCCGACAUGUCCCCAAACUUGGCCUUCUUCUCGCUGCUCCCGCCGGUCGUAUCCUUGAAGCAGUCUGCCCUGCAGCCGGUGCCGAAGUACGACCCCUCUAAGAUCUAUGUGGCGCUCUUGUCCUCUGAUGGCGACAACAUGCAGCUGGACUACAACUCCUUGCGGCCUCGCAUGGAAGAGCGCUUGGCCCUGUGCGCGAAGUCCGUGGUCGAGGCCUCCAAGGCUUCUCAAGCCUCGUGUCCGCCAGUCGGUUGGACAAUCUCAAACCGCCUCAUGGAGUUCGCACCCACCGUGCUUCGCUGGCUCUAUGCUGCUGCCCAGCGGACCGGGGGACGCGACAGCUUCUUGAUGGGGCCGAGUGGGUAUGGCUUCUUGCACCCCUCCUCCAACACCAAAGAGGCCCUUCUGACGAACCUGACCGUGCAGGCCGCAGAGAAGCUGGACAUGUGCGCCUACGUCCAUUGGGAUGCCUACAAUCAAGAGACCGCCAUGGAGCAAGCCGUGGCCAAAUAUGCGCACACGGCCAUCAGAGGCGUCUUCUCGCCAGUUCAGCCCGCUGUGCCUCCGGUGGUUGCGAACGAUGUUGUCACCUUUACUGAGACCCUGCGCUGGUUCACGAAGAGCCGCCCGAUAGAUGUGGCCAAUCACGUCAACGGCUUGAAGCCGGGGAGCACGGUCUUCUUAUACAAGAUCCACGACAUCUCCUUCGCAGACGUGGAGGCUAUGGCCGCUGCGCUGCGCGGCAACGUCGUGCUGCUGGGGCACCGGGAGCUGAUCUCGAUGACGCGAGUGCGCUAUGGGCUUGAUCCUGAUGCUUCAACCCUUGUUGUGUAA